AUGACAGUUAUUCGCUGUCCACCAUCAGAACAUGAAUUUACAAUUAAAUACCAAGGUAAAACAUAUUACGGAGAUUACAAAAGGAUACGAAAUGUGGCAAAACAGAUUGGUAUAUCAUCUCCAAUCAUGCAUUAUCCAUAUGUUUGUGAAGAAGAAGGUUGUAAUAUUAGAUUUAUGUUUCAUGCUGAUAUAACUGAACAUUAUAUAUUACAUCAUAAUAUACCGAAUCCAAAAAUAGAUUUUAAAAAACUAAUAUUUUUCUCUCAUCGUUAUACUCCUGAAGCUCGGAAAAAUGAUGGAUUUUUUACACUUGAUGAAUUAAUGAAUUUUAAUGAAAAUGACUUUAAAAAAUACAAUGUUCUUUUUAAUAAAAAAAAAUCACCACCAUGUAGUGAUUCAGCUUUUUCAAUAAAAAAGAAAAAGUCUGCUCCAAAUAUUGAAAAAAUAGAAAAUCUUCUUCAUGAUUUUGCCUCAACAGAUGAUGUAGAAUAUGAACCUGAAGAAUCAAAUGUUUUAUCUUCCUUUGAAAACAAAUCAUUAUCAAAUUCUAAGACAGAAUUGCAUGAUAAUGACACAACUUUAAAAGAUGACAAAAUAAAUAAUGAAGAAACCAUGGUAAUUGAUUUAACCAAAGCACCAGAUGACUUAGAUUCUGAUGACGGCAUUGAAAUUUUAGCCACUUAUGUAGGAAACAAAAAUGAAACAAAAUUCCACAAAAUAUUUCAUUCACAAUUAAAUUCAUCUAAUAGAAUUAGAAAAUCAUUAGAUGUAUCAAAUAAUUCUACAAAAGAUUUAGAUUCAAACCUUCCAGAUGUAACUCUCAAUAAAUCUACAAAGGAUAAAGAACUAUUAUUAUCACCUAUAAGUGAUAAACAAACACAAGAAAAACCACUAAAACUAACACCAACAAAAGUUACAAGAGCUUCACCAAUUUUACAAGUGAGGAAUACAAUUGUAGAAAAAUCAAAAUCACCUAAAAUUUCCGUAUGUAAUGUAGUAAAUGAAAACGAAAAGAUAAAUUCACCACAAUUUUAUAAAUAUAAUACUCAAAAUGUAGCAUAUCCACAACAAAAUUUAAAAUCCAAAGAUCAAACAUCAAAAGAUCAAAAGGACGUUAUGCAAAAAGUUACUCAAAUAUUACACGAAAACGCCCCAAAAAAAGUAACAGAAACUACGAGAAAUUGUAGUGCUGAUGGUAUUGGUAACACAACUAAUUUUAGCACUAUUAAAGAGCAUAGUGUCGAACAAUCAAAUGAAGUAUCAUGUUUCCCUCAUAAAAUCACUUGUUAUGAGCAAUCAUCGUCAGAACAAAUUACCAAUGUUCCAUCAUCUACAAAUAAUACUCCUAUGAUAAAAUUGAAUGGAACUUCUAAACGUAUGGAUAAAAUUUAUUACUGUAUAUUUAGUGAAGAUUGUAAUUUUUUCACUAAAUACAGAAUUAAUUAUGAAAAACAUAUGUCUGAUCAUGCUAUAAUUAAAUUUUUAUUUAGAUGCAAUUCAUGUCCAUUAGUCUUUCAAACAGAGAAUGUAUUCAUUGAACAUAAAACAAAAUAUUGUGUUAAAUCUGUUGGGCCAGUAAGGCCUUUACAACAACCUAGUAUUCCUCGCCGUCAAGAAUUUGUAAAUUUAGCAAAUUAUUACGAUUUAAUUAUGUGUCGUUAUUCUGACAUUUGUAGUUUUGUUUGCAAUACAAAUGAAGAAUUAAGAUAUCAUAUUCAGGAACUUCAUGAUAAUAAUCAAACGUUAUAUACUUGUAUGAAAUGUAGUGCUUUAUUUAAAGACAAAGUUUCUUUAGCUAUACAUUCAAGAAAUUAUUGUUGGAAAACAAUGGAAUUACAAAUAUCUGAAGGUAAAUUAAUGCAUUGUAAUGCAGAAAAUUGUGAUUUUUCAAGUUAUUCUGUACCAGAAUGGCAUAUUCAUCUAGCUUCACAUUUAUAUAUUGGAGAAAAGACUCCAUAUGAAUGUAGUAAAUGUUAUAUAUUUCUUGCUACAAAAACAGCAGAAGUAGAGCAUGAAAGAUAUUUCUGUCAUAUUAUUAAACCAAAACUUGUUGAUCUUUCAAAUAAGCAUUAUUACAAUAUGAAAGUUUAA